UGCGCAUUUGUUUCAUUUCUGACGAACUGCAUAUUUUUGGUAGAUGUUUUGCAUUUUAUUUUAUUUUAUUUUUGUUGGGCUAGGUAUCUGUGUAAGAAUCUUGGGGCUAGCCUUGCAAUCAUGGGUUUGCUUUGCUGUAUUAAAAGGGAGCUGAGAAACAGCAUCUGGCUGGCCUGUAUUAUCCUGCUUCCCACCAUCUUUGUGGUGUGGCUGCUCAGAAAGGUCCUGCGUGCACGUCGUCCGCCGCUCGAGGCGGGGGCCAAACACGUUGCUUUCUUCCAUCCAUACUGUGACGACGGCGGCGGUGGCGAGCGCGUGCUCUGGACGGCCAUUGCCGCACUCGCGGAGAGGUACCCUGGCUACCAGAUCUCCGUAUACACCGGCGACACUGCGGCCGACGCCGAGAUAUUCGCCCGGGUGCAGCAGCGGUUCGGCCUGCGCGUGCCGGACGGCGUGCGCCUGGUGCGUCUGAGGAGCCGCUGGCUGCUCGAUCCGUCCUACUACCCGCUGCUGACGCUGCUCGGCCAGGCGGUCGGAUCGGUGCUGGUGGCUCUGGAGGCGGUGCUCCGGCUGCUGCCUGAUGUGUACAUCGACUCGAUGGGUUACGGGUUCACGCUGCCCGUGUUCCGCCUGCUGGGCGGCUGUCGGGUCGGCUGCUACGUCCACUACCCGACCAUAUCCUCCGACAUGCUGGAGGCGGUCUCUGUAGGUCGCGCUGCCUUCAACAACCGAGCACAGUUCGCCAGCGUGGAUGCCCUGCGCUGGAUGAAGCUGGCCUACUACCGGCUGUUCGCUCAGCUGUACGGUCUCGUCGGCCGCGCUGCGCACGUCGUCAUGGUGAACAGCUCGUGGACUCGUGCGCACGUGGUGGCUAUCUGGGGCGGUGAGGGCCGUGUGAGCACAGUGUUCCCGCCGUGUGAUCUGGAGCGACUGCAGCGACUGCCGGCGGAGGGGCCGAACGGCCGACGGCGACCAUGUGUCCUGUCGGUGGGGCAGUUCCGACCGGAGAAGAAUCACUCACUGCAGCUGGAGAGUUUCAGCCGCCUGCUGCGGGACCACCCGGAGGAGACCGCCGACCUCCGACUGGUGCUGGUCGGAGGGUGUCGCGGCGCCGCCGAUCAGACCCGUGUCAACGCGCUGAAGGCACUGGCUAACGCGCUAGGGAUCUCUGAGAGAUUUGAGCUGAGAGUGAAUGUCGGGUAUGAUGAACUACUGGAGCUGUUCUCGGAGGCGCUCGUCGGACUACACACGAUGAGGGACGAGCACUUUGGCAUCGGUGUGGUUGAGAUGAUGGCGGCCGGCGUGGUGGUGGUGGCUCACUGUUCGGGGGGCCCUCUGACGGACAUUGUCGACACGACUGAGGAGAGUCGCACCGGGUACCUGGCCUCCUCUGCCCGCCAGUAUGCCGAGUGUAUGCUGGCGGUAUUGCGGGCUGAUACGGGAUACCUGGCAGAUCUCAGGGCGAGAGCGAGGAAAUCUUGUGACCGGUUCGGAGAGAAGCCGUUCUCGGACGACUUCCUGAGGGCGUGUCGGCCGCUUCUCUGAGCCGAGAGUCAGCCUUAUGAAAGACACACCAAUGCGCCAGUCGUGCAGACGAACGUUAGAUCGGCGGGUAUGAACGCUUCGCCGGUGCCUGCUGGAAGGAGAGACGUAGGUAGACGUAGUGUAGCUGUAGUAGCCAGUUCAUCGCUGCGGCUUACUGCGAACUUCUUCCGACUCUCCGACGCUCUCUGACUUGACUCUGCCGGUUUGAAGUGCCUGCUGAGAACAGACCAGACACCUGCUCGCCCUUCCAUCGCCAUCGCAGCUUUGCUAAGUCGACUCCAGUUCUGACAUUGCUGCAGUCAUCACCGUCGCUUUGGCUUGCACUGGUCUUAUCCAGACUUGGCUUAUGUCUGGAUGUGUUGUGAAUUGUGAUUCCACAUGACAUGUGUGCGUGGUGCGUUUUACAAUGGCUCAAUAGUGUGUUGCACUUGAGAAAUCUCCUCCGACCAAAUGUUUGGUAUCCAGAGUUGUGUGCUUUGAGUGAUGUAAGCAAACACAUUUUGAGUAUUGGGCUCAGAGAGCUUUAUCCUUGUUACGCUACAGAGGGAACUAUGGUUUUGCUUGUUCAGUUGGAUUUAUAGGUCACUGUUGAUACACAAACAGCACUGUGAUAUCGUUUGGGUGGGUUAACGUGCACGAAUGGCUAUAACUAAUAGGCACUCGUACUAAAUUAUAACCAAAUAAAUGACUACAUAGUUCGGGCAUUUACGGGACACUGUUUCUUGGAUGGGCGCCGGGCACUUUGUGUGUGGGUCAGUGUGUUCUUUCAGGUUUUUAGAGAAACUCAAAAUACAUUUAUAUCCAUGUAA